AUAUUGGAACUUGUGCAAUAACAGCGAUUCCUUUUGGGAAAUCAAAAGUUCUUUUUACUUUGGAGGAGUUGGAUGAGUUUACUUUUGUGGAUGAAACAGAUCAACAAGCUGUUCCAGAUGUAACUCGAAUUGGUCCUAGUCAGGAGAAGUGGGGUUGGAUAAUGUUUGAGUGUGGAAUUGAAAAUUUAACUAUAAAAGGAGGAAGACAAUCUGGAGCAGUAUUGUAUAAUACGUUUGGAGUCAUGGGUAAAUCAAGAGACACAGAGAGAGGUGGAUUGCUUGCAUCAAAUAACUCCUCAGAUUCUCCAACUGGUAGUGGUUACAAUACCGAUGUGUCUGAUGAUAACCUUCCUUGUGAUAGAAUAAGUCCCUCUUCAGAUAUUAAUGGAAAUUCAGUUUCAGAUGAGCAGGAUGAAGGGGUUGAAUCUGAUGAUCUGAAAAAAGAUAUACCCUUGAUACCUCCUCCCCCUGACUCUUGCAGCAUGAAGCUAAUGAUCAAAGAAAUUUGGUUUAGUUUUGCAGCCCCUACCAAUGUGCGCUCUCCAGCCCAUAUAUUUUCAAGGCAGCUGAAUCUCCUGAGUACUGCAACGCCUGCAGUUGGUGCUUGGCUUGUUCCCAUUGAUCAAGUGAAAUCAUCAUUAAAUAAACUAGAAACUGAAGGAACCCUGCGAAUCUGUGCUGUUAUGGGUUGCAUUAUGACAGAAGCUUUAGAGAAUAAGAGUGUGCACUUUCCUCUGAGAAGCAAGUACAACAGGCUUACCAAAGUGGCUCGUUUCUUGCAAGAAAAUCCUUCUUGUUUGCUGUGUAAUAUAUUGCACCAUUACCUUCAUCAAGCAAAUUACUCCGUUAUUGAGGAUGCCACCAUGAGUGAUGGCCUUCCUGCCUUAGUAACCUUAAAGAAAGGUCUAGUUGCCUUAGCAAGGCAAUGGAUGAAGUUCAUUGUGGUGACCCCAGCUUUUAAAGGAGUCAGCUUACACAGACCAGCUCAGCCAGUGAAACUGCAGACAAAUGCCUGCCACGAGCACGAGGAUGGACUGGGAUUAGACAACGGAGGGGGUCUUCAGAGUGACACAAGUGCUGAUGGAGCAGAGUUUGAAUUCGAUGCAGCUACUGUCAGUGAGCACACAAUGCUCUUAGAAGGGACAGCUAAUCGUCCUCCACCUGCUGGUGGCUCUUCUGGGCCUGUAACUGGUGCUGAGAUCAUGAGGAAAUUAUCCAAGACUCACACUCACAGCGAUUCUGUUCUGAAAAUAAAGGGUAUACAUCCGUAUCAUUCCUUAAGCUACACUAGUGGAGAUACAGCUACAGAUUCACCGGUGCAUGUUGGCCGUUCUGGAAUGGCAGUCAAAGAAAGUCCAAGAAAAGAGAGUCUGCUCAGCUAUCUUACUGGGAGUUUUCCUAGCCUGCAUAAUCUUUUGGAAGGAACUCCUCAAAGAAGUACAACUGCAGUUAAAAGUAGUUCUUUAACAAGAACAGGAAAUACUGUGGCCACAGACAUGUUAUCUGAACAUCCUUUGCUGUCUGAACCAUCUUCUGUGAGUUUCUAUAACUGGAUGUCGAAUGCUGUGGGCAACAGAGGAAGUGUAGUGCAAGAAAGUCCGGCCACCAAAUCUGGACACAACAGUCUUCCAACAGGUGUGGCACCCAAUCUUCCUACAAUACCUUCUGCUUCAGACUUCAACACAGUUUUGUCUAGUGACCAGAACACCCUGGAUGGCACGCACUCACAGCACAGCACCAGUCAGGAUGACAUUGCAGGUGUAGAAGAGGGGAAUCAGGGGUUUCCAGCUGUCCAGCUAGCAGAUGCACAGGUUGUUUUCAAACCUCUUCUAAGUUACACGGGAAUUCAGUCUCAGGAUGCAAUGCCGCUCUGCUACAGAAUGUACUUUGGAGAAUACCUUUCAUUCUCAGGAACUUUAGACUGUCUAAGAGCAGAUAUUGUUGAUUCAGAUACAGCAAAGGAAAGAAAAAGCAAACGAGCUCGAAGGCAAGGAGCUGUCAAUCUUCCUCCGCUUGAAUUCAAACCAGCUUUGAUGUUAGAAACUUUCAGUAUUAGUGCGGUUGUAAUGGAGAAAUCCAUGUGCACACCUCACAACUCCACCAACGCCCUUUCUUUUCAUGACUUGAAUAAACGCUAUUAUAAUACUUUUCACUGUAACUUUACAAUUUCUUGCCAGUCCAUAAGCCAGCACGUAGAUAUGGCACUAGUUCGUCUCAUUCAUCAGUUCAGUACAAUGAUUGAUGAUAUCAAAGCCACCCAGACGGACAUCAAACUUAGCAGAUAUACAGCUGGAUCAGCCUCUCCGACACCUACUUUUAAAACCCGCAAACACAGAGACUUCCGCUCUUCUGAUUUCAGCCGAAGCUCUCGAGGAAGUCUUAACGGAGGUAACAGAGUGAACAACACCAAGAACAAAAGAACAAACAAUGAGAACAAUAAAAAAGAGUCUCGAAACAAGAAUUCCUUGGGGCGGUCAGAAAGAAGAACUUCUAAAGUCUCCAGGAAAGGUUCAAAAGAUGUAGUUGACCACAUGACUAUUCAUAUGGAUGACUCUGACUCUAUUACCGUAUCGGAACAGAGCGAACCUUCUGCUGAGUGCUGGCAAAACAUGUAUAAACUAUUGAACUUCUAUUCACUCAUUUCCGAUCCAACCGGGAUUUUAGAAAAGUCUUCUGAAACUUUCGGGCCAACAGGUGUGCGAAGCCUGACUGAACCUGCUUGUAGAGUGGUGUUUGAGAACGAACAGGAUAACGGCAGAGACGCACAGAGGAAGCGCAGCUUGGUGACUUCGGAGCCUCAGCACGUGACUCUCAUUGUCUUCGGUAUAGGGAUGGUGAAUCGAACCCACCUGGAGGCAGACAUUGGUGGUCUAACGAUGGAAUCUGAACUGAAGAGAAUCCAUGGCAGUUUCACCUUGAAAGAAAAAAUGAAAGAUGUACUGCAUCAAAAGAUGACUGAGACAUGUGCCACUGCUCACAUCGGAGGUGUCAAUAUUGUCCUCCUGGAGGGAAUCACCCCAAAUAUCCAACUGGAGGAUUUUCCUACAUCUCCUACAAGUACAGCCAAACAAGAGUUUCUAACUGUCGUGAAAUGCAGUAUUGCCAAAUCCCAGGCCCUGUACAGUGCCCAGAGAGGGUUGAAAACAAACAACGCUGCUGUGGUCAAAGUUGGAGCCAUCAGCAUCAACAUUCCUCAGCACCCUGCCACGCUGCACAGCAUGAUGGUGCGCAGUUCUCACCAGCUCUCCAAGCAGAUUUCAGAUCUCAUCAGGCAACCAUCGACUGCGCCCCAGCCCACCAAAGAAGAUGUUGCGACUCCUUUGCCCUCUGAGAAGACUCCAACAAGUAUUAAUCAAACACCUGUUGAAACAAAUGAAUUUCCACAGCUGCCAGAAGGCUUAGAAAAGAAGCCAAUAGUUCUUAAAUUCAGUGCCAUGAUAGAUGGUAUAGCUAUUGGAGCAGCACUCUUGCCCUCUCUAAAGGCUGAAUAUAAGAUGGGAAGAAUGAGGAGUCAUGGAAUGACAGGUGCCCAAACUAGAUUUAAUUUUGAGCUUCCAAGUCAUAGAUUGCGCUUCACUUCAAAAGUCUCUGCUACUGACAUGUCUACCAUUCCUCCUUCGGCGAGUCUCAACCUUCCUCCUGUCACUAUGUCUGGCAAAUACAUCAUGGAAGAACAUGAUACUUACUCAGACCAAAUUUGGAGCAUAGAUGAGCUACCUGCUAAGCAAGGCUACUAUCUACAGGGGAACUACUUACGUUGUGUGGCUGAAGUUGGUUCCUUCGAACAUAAUCUCACAACUGAUCUUUUAAAUCAUUUAGUAUUUGUGCAAAAAGUGUUUAUGAAGGAAGUAAAUGAAGUCAUACAGAAGGUUUCAGGAGGGGAGCAGCCAAUACCUCUUUGGAAUGAACAUGAUGGCACAACUGAUGGAGAAAAACCAAAAAUUCUUCUUUACUCAUUGAGCCUACAGUUUAAGGGAAUUCAAGUGACAGCUACAACUCCCUCAAUGCGAGCUGUGAGAUUUGAAACUGGAUUGAUAGAACUUGAACUCUCAAACAGACUGCAAACCAAAGCGAUGCCUGGAAGUAGCAGCUACCUCAAACUGUUUGGGAAAUGCCAAGUGGAUUUAAAUCUGGCGCUGGGACAGAUUGUUAAACAUCAGGUUUAUGAAGAAGCUGGCUCUGACUUUCAUCAAGUUGCCUAUUUCAAGACAAGAAUUGGAUUAAGAAAUGCUCUCCGAGAAGAAAUCAGUGGCUCAUCAGAUAGAGAAGCUGUGCUUAUUACUUUGAACAGACCAAUUGUUUUUGCUCAGCCUGUGGCCUUUGAUAGAGCUGUGCUAUUUUGGCUGAACUACAAGGCUGCGUAUGACAACUGGAAUGAACAGAGAAUGGCUUUACAUAAAGAUAUUCAUAUGGCCACAAAAGAAGUAGUAGAUAUGCUGCCUGGAAUCCAACAAACCUCUGCGCAGGCUUUUGGAACCCUCUUUCUUCAGCUGACUGUCAAUGACUUAGGAAUUUGCCUGCCCAUCACAAACACACCUCAGUCUAACCACUCUGCAGAUCUUGACACUGGCUCUGCUUUAGUCCUGACUAUUGAAAGCACAUUAAUCACUGCCUGCUCCUCAGAGUCUUUAGUUAGCAAAGGUCACUUUAAAAACUUCUGUAUCCGCUUUGCUGAUGGCUUUGAGACAAGUUGGGAUGACUGGAAACCAGAAAUAAGAGGAGAUCUUGUCAUGAAUGCAUGUGUUGUGCCAGACGGUACCUAUGAAGUAUGUUCUAGGACAACAGGACAGGCUGCAGCAGAAAGUAGUAGUGCUGGAACCUGGACACUGAAUGUGUUAUGGAAGAUGUGUGGUAUCGAUGUCCACAUGGAUCCAAACAUUGGGAAAAGAUUGAAUGCUUUAGGCAACACCCUCACAACCUUGACAGGAGAAGAAGAUAUUGAUGAUAUUGCUGACCUCAACUCUGUAAACAUAGCAGACCUUUCAGAUGAGGAUGAAGUUGACACUAUGUCUCCCACUAUACAUGCGAAAUCAGGUGGAGGUUCAUUAUGUGGCGAUGCACGCAAGCUAACAUUUGGGCAGCGGAUUGUAAAUCACCUGCUGGGUUUGAGCCCCCCAAACCAUCGAUACUCUGUUCCUGUAGAAUAUCUAUUGGGGUCAGCGAAGUGUGAUUCUCUUCAGUCUAGCAGAUCACAAAUGAAAGCAGGCAGAUCCUGCUCAUGGGGACAUGAGAUUGUUGAUCACCGACGACAGGGAGCUUCUAGUAUCCAAACUGGAGAACAGCGAGGAAGAAAAUUUAUGAAACGUUUAGUUGAUAUUAGAGAACUCAAUGAGCAAGCUAAAGUUAUUGAUGAUUUAAAAAAAUUAGGUGCAAGUGAAGGAACUAUAAAUCAAGAGAUUCAGCGUUAUCAACAACUGGAGUCGGUGGCUGUGAAUGAUAUCCGCCGAGAUGUUCGUAAAAAGCUACGUAGAUCCAGUAUGAGGGCUGCCUCCUUGAAAGACAAAUGGGGUCUCAGCUACAAACCCAGCUAUAGCCGAUCUAAGAGUAUUUCAGCAUCAGGAAGACCACCUCUGAAGAGAAUGGACAGAACAAGCUCUCGACUAGGAGACAGUGAAGACCUCCCAGAUAUCCGUGUAGAUGCUGCAUCUCCUGGGCCAAGAGUAACUUUCAACAUACAGGAUUCUUUGAAUAAAACAGCUUUGGGGAUUGCACAACAAUCCAGCUGUCCAGGGGAAGGGUAUUUUCAGUUUCCAGAGGAGACAGAAAUGGACCUUUUGUCUGUAACUAUUGAUGGUCCCUCCCAUUACUCAUCUACUAGUGAAGGCUCAUGCUCGGUAUUUGGUUCACCCAAAACUCCAGUAGUCUUCUCACCCGGCAUUCCCUUCCAGCCUGAAGAAGGACGCCGGGAUGACAGCUUAUCAUCAAGCAGCGAGGACUCUGAGAAGGAGGAUGACCAUGACAGAGAGAGGCCCUAUUUUUGUAGGAAACCACCGAGUACCUCUCGCAAGAAAGCAACAGGCUUCGCUGCUGUCCACCAACUGUUCACCGAGCGCUGGCCAACAACACCUACCAACAGAAGUAUGACUGGCACAACCACGGAGAGAAAUAUUGACUUUGAACUUGAUAUCAGGGUUGAAAUUGAUUGUGGAAAAUGUGUAUUGCACCCUACAAUGCUUCAGCAAGAACAUGAUGACAUCAGUUUACGAAGGAGCUAUGAUCGGAGUUCCAGAAGUUUGGAUCAAGAGUCUCCUUCAAAAAAGAAGAAAUUUCAAACUAAUUAUGCAUCUACUACUCACUUACUUGCUGGCAAGAAAGUGCCAUCAUCUCUGCAGACAAAAUCUAGCGAUGUGGAAACAACGGUGUUUUAUAUUCCUGGGGUGGAUGUAAAGUUGCACUACAACUCUAAGACUUUAAAGACUGAAUCGCCAAAUACUUCUCGAGGAUCCUCUUUGCCAAGAACCCUUUCCAAAGAGUCCAAGCUGUAUGGUAUGAAAGAUACUGCCACAUCUCCUCCUUUAUCUAGCACUAUCCACAGCAAGACUAACACCUUACUUCCUCCCCAACCCCCACCCAUCCCAUCAGCCAAAGGGAAAGGAAGUGGUGGAGUGAAAACUGCUAAACUGUAUGCAUGGGUUGCUCUCCAGUCAUUGCCGGAGGAAAUGGUGAUUAGUCCGUGCUUACUGGACUUUCUAGAGAAAGCUCUUGAAACCAUUCCGAUUACACCCAUUGAAAGGAAUUACACAGCUGUUAGUUCACAGGAUGAAGACAUGGGACAAUUCGAUAUACAAGAUCCCUUGGAAGAGUCCACAACAUCAUUAGUAUCAUCCUCGACAUCAGCAUAUUCAUCCUUCCCUGUAGAUGUGGUAGUUUAUGUACGCGUUCAGCCCUCUCAAAUCAAGUUCAGUUGCUUGCCGGUAUCAAGAGUUGAAUGUAUGCUGAAGUUGCCUUCCCUGGAUCUUGUUUUCUCUUCAAACCGAGGAGAACUGGAAACAUUAGGCACAACGUACCCGUCGGAAAACGUGUCAGUUGGUGGCAAUACUUCACAGAGUGGCUCAAAGAAUUCAGUUAGUAAAUCUGGAGCACCAGGUUCGUCACCUGGACUAGGCAGCCCGCUUGGCAGAACGCGGCACAGCAGCAGUCAGUCAGACUUGACUACUUCUAGUAGCAGCUCUUCAGGCCUGAGCUUUACCGCCUGUAUGUCCGACUUUUCCCUUUACGUGUUCCAUCCAUACGGAGCUGGAAAACAAAAAUCUGCUGUUACUGUUCUAACCCCUGGAUCAGGAGCCUUAGGUAACGUGGAUGAGGAGCCAACUUCAGUUACUGGCCGAAAGGAUUCUUUGAGCAUUAACCUUGAGUUUGUGAAAGUCAGCCUGUCACGAAUAAGGCGUUCGGGAGGUUCUUCCUUUUUUGAGAGUCAGUCUGCCAGCAAAGCUACCAGCAAGAUAGAUACUACGUUGAUAAACAUAUCUGCUGUCUGUGAUAUAGGAUCUGCUUCUUUUAAAUAUGAUAUGCGCCGACUCAGUGAGAUUCUAGCCUUUCCAAGGGCCUGGUACAGGAGAAGCAUUGCUAGACGGCUUUUCCUAGGUGAUCAAACAAUAAAUCUGCCAGUAGCAUCGGGUCCUGGAACACCAGAUUCAAUUGAAGGGGUAAGCCAGCACCUUUCUCCUGAAUCAUCACGGAAAGCGUACUGCAGGACGUGGGAGCAGCCCUGCCAAUCUGCUUCAUUUACACACAUGGCACAAUCACCUAAUGUUUUUAGUGAACAUAAUGCAAGCAGCAGUAUGUCACCCGGGACAGCAUCUCAUAGCUUAAAGUCUCCUGCUGUCACGAGAUCCAGGAGCGUGUCUGACUCUUCAGUGCCUCAGAGAGAUACUCUCUCAAAAACAUCAACUCCAUUUAAUAAGUCAAAUAAGGCUGGAAGCCAGCAAGGAACACCAUGGGAAACACUGGUUGUAUUUGCUAUGAACCUAAAACAAUUAAAUGUUCAAAUGAAUAUGAGCAAUGUAAUGGGCAAUACUACGUGGACCACCAGUGGUUUGAAAAGCCAGGGUCGUCUGUCUGUGGGUAGUAGCAGAGAUCGGGAAAUCAGCAUGUCUGUUGGCUUGGGAAGAUCACAGCUGGACUCCAGAGGGGGAGUUGUUGGAGGUACCAUAGAUGUCAAUACCCUGGAGAUGGUGGCUCAUAUUUCUGAACACCCAAACCAACAGCCCAGUCAUAAAAUUCAAAUUACCAUGGGUUCUACUGAAGCACGUGUUGACUAUAUGGGGUCCAGUAUCCUAAUGGGAAUCUUCAGUAAUGCUGAUCUUAAACUACAGGAUGAAUGGAAAAUUAAUCUGUACAAUGCUUUGGACUCGAGCAUCUCUGAUAAAAGUGAGAUAUUUGUCCAUGGGGACUUGAAAUGGGAUAUCUUCCAAGUGAUGAUUUCAAGAUCGACUACACCAGACCUAAUAAAAAUAGGAAUGAAACUCCAGGAGUUCUUUACUCAGCAGUUUGAUACAAGCAAGCGAGCUUUGUCCACUUGGGGACCUGUUCCUUACCUCCCUCCCAAGACAAUGGCCAACAACUUAGAGAGAAGCUCGCAUGAGCAAUUCUUGGAUGCGGCCCAUCAUCGCCAUUGGCCAGGAGUUUUGAAAGUGGUCUCUGGGUGCCAUAUAUCCUUAUUUCAGAUGCCACUGCCGGAAGAUGGAAUGCAAUUUGGAGGAUCCAUGAGCCUGCAUGGAAACCAUAUGACGCUGGCGUGUUUUCAUGGGCCUAAUUUCCGCUCAAAAUCUUGGGCCUUAUUUCACCUUGAAGAACCCAAUAUUGCAUUUUGGACAGAAGCCCAGAAAGUUUGGGAAGAUGGUACUAGUGAACACUCCACAUAUAUUGUGCAAACCCUGGACUUUCAUUUGGGUCAUAACACUAUGGUCACCAAACCAUGCGGAGCCCUUGAAAGCCCCAUGGCAACAAUCACAAAGAUAACGAGGCGCCGCCAUGAAAACCCCCCACAUGGAGUUGCCAGCGUAAAAGAGUGGUUCAAUUACGUUACAGCCACAAGGAAUGAAGAGUUAAACCUGCUUCGAAACGUUGAUGCUAACAACCCAGAGAGCAGCACAACAGUGAAGAGCUCAAGCUUGCUAAGUGGUUUCAGAGGUGGCUCCAGUUACAACCAUGAAACUGAAACUAUCUUUGCAUUGCCAAGGAUGCAGCUGGAUUUUAAAUCUAUUCAUGUUCAAGAGCCCCAAGAGCCUUCAUUACAAGAUACAAGUGUUAAACCAAAGGUGGAAUGCAGUGUAGUAACUGAAUUUACAGACCACAUUUGUGUAACUAUGGAUGCUGAAUUGAUUAUGUUUCUGCAUGACUUGGUGUCUGCUUAUCUAAAAGAAAAAGAAAAAGCAAUUUUUCCUCCUCGCAUUUUGGCUGCUCGUCCAGGGCAGAAAAAUUCUGUAGGUGUUCUUGAGGACAGCUCCACUGACAAAGAGGCAGAGGAAAGCAUUACUUACACUACAGUCGACUGGAGAGAAUUUAUGUGCAAUACUUGGCAUUUGGAACCCACGCUCAGAUUAAUAUCCUGGACUGGGAGAAAAAUCGAUCCCGUUGGUGUUGACUACAUCCUCCAAAAGCUGGGCUUUCACCAUGCAAGGACGACUAUUCCCAAGUGGCUGCAGCGCGGUGUCAUGGAUCCUUUGGACAAAGUUUUGUCAGUCCUUAUAAAGAAACUUGGUACUGCGCUACAGGAUGAAAAGGAAAAGAAAGGAAAAGACAAAGAAGAAUACUGAAAGUAUAAUGUGACAACCAUAAUUCCGUUUGAUUUUAUCAAAGUGUUUUAUUGUAUUUUAAGAAUUUAAAUAUGGUUUAAAGAGAAACCUAACAGCUUUUUGCUACUCUAUUUAAAACUUACAUUGUGAGUAACUGUUUACUGUGGUAUAUGAUACCAUUCUGUAUUUGAAGUUAUUGCAUGAUGAUGACCAAUGUAUAUUCUGUGAAGGAAUAGCUGGAACACUGUAAAUCUGCUCCUCAGCGUCCACUGUUUUAUUAUGUGCAAUAUGAUGAUUCCUGCAUCUUUAAAAUACUUGCAGAUUAACUGUGAAUUUUCAUAAACUUUAUUUGCCAUAACACAAAUCCCUCGUUGAUGUGACUGGUAAUUUGUCAAUGUAGCCUUGUGUAAAUUAUAUAUAUAUAACUUAUGAAACUGUGAUUGCCUUAGUGCUAAAAAUCAUUAAGUUUAUUACUCUUGUAAUAAAAUUUAACUACUGUACAGG